CGCUUGUCCAAUGAUCUGGAGGGGCUUGGAGCGCAGAUCUCAGCUGGCAGACAUUUAAAUGGGAGACAGCUCGGCGCUGCUGCAAUUUGUAGGCAGGAUCCGAGGCUCUCCCUCUAUGGAAUCCCGGGCAGCCCCGGGCUCCUACAUCGCCCGCUCCGCCAAGUGACACCGCAGGGCAGAGCCGCGCCGAGCCCCAGGCCCCGACGAGGAGCCGCCGCCACCGAGCCGGGCCCCCCGAGGAGCCGCCGCCGCGCAGGAUGGUCCGCAUGCUGUAUGCCGUUGCUGCUGUGUUUCUUCUGAUGGGAUUUCUGGUACCGACAGCAGAAGGGAGAAAGAGGAACCGUGGAUCCCAAGGUGCUAUCCCUCCUCCUGACAAGGAUCAGCCCAAUGAUUCAGAGCAAAUGCAGACACAGCAGCAGUCGGGCUCUAGGCAUCGAGAACGAGGAAAAGGCACCUCAAUGCCUGCAGAGGAGGUGCUGGAAUCCAGUCAGGAGGCACUGCACAUCACUGAGCGCAAAUACCUAAAGCGGGAUUGGUGCAAAACUCAGCCCCUCAAACAAACUAUCCAUGAAGAAGGCUGCAACAGUCGCACCAUUAUCAACAGGUUCUGCUAUGGCCAAUGCAAUUCCUUCUAUAUACCCAGGCAUGUCCGCAAAGAGGAAGGUUCUUUCCAGUCUUGUUCCUUCUGCAAGCCCAAGAAAUUUACCACCAUGACUGUUACCCUCAACUGCCCCGAGCUUCAGCCCCCUAGGAAGAAGAAAAGGAUCACCCGCGUGAAGGAGUGCCGAUGUAUAUCUAUCGACUUGGACUAAGCCGAGAAAAAUACCAUACCGAUUGCACUCUGACUGUCCGCAAUCAUUGCCAGUGUGAGAGGGAGUGGCAUGAAAUAGCAAAGCUUCAGGGCUGGACGAAACUGAAAGGAACCCAGUGAACUACCUAAAAAAAAAAACAAACAACAACCAACCAACCAACCAAAAAUCAAAGAACAAAAUGGAUGUAAGGGAAGAAUAGGCAUGAGUUUGGGAGUAAGAGAGAAAAUGGAUGUGUGUAAGCAAAUAUACGAAUGUUCACUCUGACAAAAAAAAAAAAAAGGAAAGGAAAUAAAGAAUCAACAGGGGUAUUAAAGAUUAAACAAUCUAUUUACCCACAGUCAUGAAUUAGGUUUCCUAAUGUAAAUUCACAUUUUUGCCACUUACUGGGAAAGUGGAGCUGUGGCUUUUGCUAAUGUUCACCUGCCAUACUAUUUGCUUUUACUGUAUUAUGAGAAACAUCAAAGUGAGAGGACGAUAUAUCUGAAAGCAUGAAUCUAUUCUUAAAUAUGAAGUAGGCUACAAGCAGUUACGGCAUAGCAAAAACAUCACUCAAAAUAGCAGUUGUAUCAACAGUUUGUAAUGUGCUUCUUCAAAAAAAUAGCUGUAAUCCAAAAGCCGCUUUUGGAGAACAAUGGGGGAAGUGGGAGUGUUGAAAAGUCAGUAUAGGUGGAUGGAAAACAGAACCACAGCCAGUUAGACAGCAAAAGGCCAAAGUAAGUAGACAGGGGGAGUACAAAAGGGAGUAGAAAAAAGAAAGAUACAUAAAUAGGAAGACACAGAGGAAGAGAUACUGUCUUCUGUUUACGUUUUGCUUUAAUUUAUAUACCUAGUCAUAUAUUACAUAAAUUAAAGACAAACUAUAUACAAGGCUAUUAAAUACACUUCUGAAUUCUAAUGGCUCUCCACAUCAAUCCAAACCCAUUCUUGUGCCACUAGAUCCAUUCGAUGUCUUGUAUUUCUGGUAUCAGUUAUUCCUCAUAUUACAUAUAUAUGUAUAUGCAGUAUCUUUUAUUCAUUGGUAUCUAUACAUACAUACAAUGAGUAUGCAUACUCUAUUGUGCAUAUCUGAACUCUCUCCUUCUCUUUUUCACACACAUACAUAAAAACGUACAUACCACAGCACAAAAAUCUUGCUAACCAUGAUCAUGUACAGAAUGGCAGUAAUUUAGUACAUAAAGAGCAAAGCAAAAAUUAAAACAAGCAUCAUGUGACUGCAAAUGCAAUAACCACACAAGAGACAAAAGACACGACAUUCAUGACUAGUAAACAUUGCAUUGUUAUUGUUAUUUUAGCUUUGCCACAGGCAUGCAGUUUGUUGAAAAAGAGAUGAAGAACUUUGCCAGCAAUAAUCCUCUUUUUAUAUCUUUUACCGCAGACUUGCAUUUAAACAGGAUUUGGACUAAGUAAAGAGAAUUUCCUGAAAAUUAAGGGCUAACUGCCCCCUCUCAUCUGGGGGGAAAAACACACGAAAGGGGACACGCUACUUCCAGCAGCCCAAAGACACUCACCUGGGAGACCAGCCUGCAUCGUCUUUCCUUCAGGAGUAGGAGCUCAAACCAGACCAGGGUGGAGGCUCUUGGCGAGAGCGCGGCCAGCCCUGUGCAGCUGGGUGGACGCGGGGCCACGCGACCCCGCAGGCGGUGCUGCUGCCCUGGGCCCUGGGGCCAUCUGGGCAGCCACCAUGGUCCACAGCCACCCCGCACCUCAAGCAGCCGUUGUGCCUCCUGCUGAUGCCUUCCUGGGUGCUGGCUCAGCGAGGGCGCUUUCUGUCCAGGCGGUGAGGGCACCGCAGUGCCACUCGCCUUCCUACGCCCUGACAGAAGGCCCCCUGCAAAAUGGCGCUUCCCUGUGGCAGCCAUGUCCAAGUCAGUGGUACGGUGGGGCUUGCACACCCAGGACUUGUUUUCCCCUUCAGCAGCAAUGCUCUUCUGUCUCCACUAUCAGCAUUGCUGUUCUUUCUCACACCAAAAGCCUCUCUCAGCCACAGGGUGAUUGUUUUGACAGGAUUUCUGUCCAUCAAACUCUGAGGAAGACCACUCUGCUCUUAGUAACAUAUCCAUAGGAAAGAAUAAACAGUGGCACAUCACAGAUGUGUACAAUGUGCAGUCAUUAUAUUAGAAGCCACCACUGUUACACAAUGUCUCAUGCAAUUAUUGGCAAUAUCCUGCGUCUCUGCAAUUAAUAUAUUUUUCCUAUAAAAUCCACAGCUACAAGGUCUGCAUUUAUAAGAUUGAGAGGUUGCAACUCAUUGAUUCAUAUUAUUUAAAUGCAUUUCACCUGGCGUACUCUCACUCAGCAGGGUUGACACAUUUCUUCAUGGAUUUUAAAAUCCAAUUUUAAAAUCUGGAAUUAUAGGAGGUAGAUUUCCACUGUGUGGAAUGUGAAUAGUUAAACAGAAAGAUAUGGAUAUUUAAUGUUAUUAUUAACACAAAUCCUCUUUCAUUGAUAAUAAGCAGAGGUUGUUUUCCUUUAAAUUACCUUUUUGAGUUGGUUUGCAGGUGACAGGGCCAAUCUCAGCCUUUGCUGAAAGAUUUGUACUAGCUAGUGUUUCUGUUCAAUAAAUGGGCCCAACUUAAUAAAGAAAUUGUUUUCUUCAAUUGCUGUCAAUAGAAAAACUCUCAUUGUCUUUAACAGUGACGGGAUUUCAUUCUAGGCUGCUCUGUCCCUAAAGCCUUAGACACGAAGCAAAGCUUUAGACGUUACCAACUCCUUUAUUUAACAUUAGGCUAGCAUUCUGAAGGAAAACCGAUAAAAGUGUUACAAAUCCUUAUGUUCCAAACAGCCUGUGCACAGAUCACAACGGAACUCCCCUGGAGGCAGAUCCCCCCCAUAACUAUGUAAAUUUUAUACAAAGAACUUUUAUGAAUUGCUAGUUAUUGCCUGAGAGUAAGAAAGUUCUGCUAACUUACAAUUAUACAAGAUAUUUAAUAUCAACCACAAUAUGUAUUUAAAUGUCUGCUUUAUUCUAAAAACAAUGGACUAUAUAACCUAAGGCUGCAGUAUUUUCAUGCUCGGUCUCACAAAGCAAAACUUGGUUUAAAAUGAAGUUUUAAUUAUUUUGUAACUGAAUAGAAUUGGAGGUUUUUCUUCCCAGCAUUUUGUACGUCAUUUUAACUACUAGUAACAAAUAAAUAAAAUAUCUUCUUCAGCCC